UUAAUGAUUCGGCUUGUAUUUAUUAUUGCAUGUUACUUAUGAGUUAUAAUAGGAAAAAGCGCUAGUUUUAGUGUUACAGACGUUAUUAUGAUGAUGAUGAUGGUUUAUUUGGGGAUGUCAUGAUGUCCAAACAGCACCGCGAUAAGCUAAGUUAACUUAACGUUACUCAGUUCAUCCAGUUUGUAACCUCUAACCGUAUUAUCAGUUUCCAAGGUCUAAUGAAUGACGUUGUUGUAUUGUAGGUUGUGGAAGUGCAUUUUCUCGGGUGUUUAACUGAUUCCUUAGUGAUCUGGUCCACGCCUUCUCUAGAACAAACCCAGUAGACCCCAGUGUGAGGUGUGGGAGAGACAGAGCUGUGAGUCAGCCUUCACACGCAGCGGGUCGACAUCUGCCUCGUCUGAAGUGUUCAGACUGAUCAUCUGUUAAAGCAGGACGAGGUCCAGUCCCAGACCAUGAAUUACGUUGGACAUUUGGCAGAGACGGUCUUUGUUACUGUAAAGGAGCUUUAUCGAGGACUGAACCCUGCUACGCUCACCGGUGGGAUCGACGUCAUCGUCGUGCGUCAGCCAGACGGCAGUCUCCUCUGCUCACCUUUUCAUGUGCGCUUUGGAAAGCUGGGAGUUCUUCGCUCCAAGGAGAAAGUGGUGGAUAUUGAGAUCAAUGGUGAGCCAGUUGACUUGCACAUGAAACUUGGAGAUAACGGAGAGGCAUUCUUUGUGGAAGAAAAUGAAAGCUUGGAGGCAGAAGUCCCAGCUCACCUUUGCACCUCCCCUAUACCCAUGGAAGUCCCAGAGAUUUUAGAGGUGACCGAGUCUCCUUCCAGCACCACCUCGUCUUCAUCUAACCGCCGGAAAAAACGGCGCAAGAAACGUUCCCGCUCUGAUGCACACGUCCAUGAGGAUGUCAGCUCCUCAGAGGAGGAGAGGGAGACCCGAGAACAGGACAUCCUAAAAGAGGAGACCGUGAUAAUGGCAAGUAAGUCUGUGUAUUACUCUCUUUCUGAGGAACCGGGUGAAGAUGUGCUUGGAAGUCAUUCCAGAGACUUGCAUCCUUUUUCUGAAGGAGAGUGCUCACCUAAUGAGAGCCUUUUCUAUAGUCGUCCCUCAUCUCCUAAGAGCGACUCCGAACUGUUUGUGAAGCCUCAGGAAACAACCGGGCCUCAGAUGCAAUGGAACUGGGGUGGAUUUCCUAAGGUGUGUCCAUCAGAGCGAGGGAGCACAGAGCGGCUCUCCACUCCUUCCUCUCUCGUUACACCCUCUGAGCGCUCCCACUUCCGCACCAUCCAGAGGCAGGCCUCGUUCAACAUGGAGCUUUCUGACCCCAUGACCACUGUAACUGUACUGAGACCAGAACCUUGCAGUCUUGAUAAACAAUUAUGUUUCCCUGAUAAUCUCAAUAAAGUUUCCCACUCUACCCCAGACACAGAGGCUUCCUCUCCCACAUAUCUGGGUUCCCCAUUCGCACUGUCCCACAUGGAGCCUGAUAAGCGCUCUGAGCAACAGAACACUUCAGAACUGGAGGCUCGUAGCGGCAUGAAUUAUUUUAUGGCUAACACAGGUACUACAGAUCGUGAUCCUAGAACUGCAAAUCUCGAUAACACAGAGAACACCACCAAAUCUACUAAUGCUGACGGGGUAGUCGGAGAUAUUGACACUAGUGUAAAGACUGACAUCUUAGUGUGCUCUGAAUUCCGUGCAAACACUGUUAGCAUAUCUUGUAGAGCUGACUCAGGUAGCAUGGCUCAGUCGGAAUUGUUAGCUACCUCUGUCAAGAAAAUCUGUGCUUUUACUGAGACAGCUCAUUUUACAACAGCUGAAAAUGUAGCCUUGGUGGAGAGAGACAGUGGUAUUGAAGCACUGACUGAAGGAUUUGCAGAGGAGGAACGGCCCACAAUGGCCCAGCAGACCAAUCAGGAAACGAAAAGUGUAGGGUUGACGGAACAUGUGGAAUCUGUUACACAGUUAGAGGAGCAGCCUUCAUCUAAAACAGCAGAAUCCCAGGAAAAGAAAAAGGGCAAGCGCAGUCAGCAUUUGGGGCCAUCAGAUAUCUAUCUAGAUGAUCUGUCCAGGCUCGACCCUGAUGUGGUUGCACAAUAUUUUCCCAAAAGCGAAGGUGAAUCUCUGGCUCAGGGUGAUGCUGAGUUUGGUUCAGCCCCACCGAUACAGUCCCCACAGUCAGGACAUCAGACUCCUCCAUCUCUAAGCAAUGCCAAUGUGGACAGUGGGACUGAGUAUCUAUCAGACUCCACCACUGACACACUGGAUGUUACCAUGUCCCUCUGUGGGAUUGAGGGAUACUCCACACAGAUCAAGAAAGAAAAGUUCGAGGAGCACAUUGUCACAUAUCAGGAUUUUGUUAACAACCCUGGAAUGAUUGAUGAUCCAAACCUCGUCAUCUGCAUCAACUCCAAUUAUUACAACUGGGCAGCUGCUGCACCGAUGAUCCUGUCAAUGCAAGCUUUUCAAAAGAAUUUGCCAAAGGGUACAGUCGACCAGCUGGUCAAAGAUAAGAUGCCUAAGAAGUCUGGUCGUUGGUGGUUUUCCUGGAGAAGGAAAAACAUGGAAAACAAUCAGCCAAAUUUAAAGCCUGACUCCGAAGAAAGUCAACUUGAGGCAUCAUCAUCAUCAUCUCUUCCUAUACCUCCCCCAAUAAAGAAUCACUCUGGUCAGUUGUCCAGUGAUGAAGAUGCUAUUGACCCUAACAGGAAGGAAAGUUUAACAGAGGCCACGAAUACUGCACAGUGCUUGAGUCAGAUAUACCGCAAAUCCCUCCGCCUUACCUCUGAACAGAUAGAGCGUCUCAAUUUGAGAGAGGGACCUAAUCAAAUUGUGUUCAGUGUGACCACUCAAUACCAGGGAACCUGCCGUUGUGAAGCUGCCAUCUAUCUGUGGAACUGGGAUGAUAAAGUUAUAAUCUCAGAUAUUGAUGGAACCAUCACCAAGUCAGAUGCACUAGGUCACAUUCUGCCACAGCUGGGCAAAGACUGGACACACCAAGGGAUCGCCAAGCUUUACCAUAAAAUACACCAGAAUGGCUACAAGUUCCUGUACUGUUCAGCUCGGGCCAUUGGCAUGGCAGACAUCACCAAGGGCUACCUGCAAUGGGUCAAUGAUAAAGGCAUUGUACUGCCUAAAGGACCUGUACUACUUGCUCCCAGUAGCUUGUUUUCAGCUUUACACAGGGAAGUAAUUGAAAAAAAGCCAGAGGUCUUUAAAAUCACAUGCCUGACUGACAUUCGAGAGCUUUUCAAUCCACACAGACAACCAUUCUACGCUGCCUUUGGCAACAGGACUAAUGAUGCAUUUGCUUAUGUGAAAGUUGGCGUACCUGACACCCGCAUCUUCACUGUAAACCCCAAAGGGGAGCUGAUACAGGAGAACAACAAAGGGCAAAAGUCUUCGUAUUCUCACUUGAGUGAGCUUGUGGAACAUGUCUUCCCUCUCCUCUCUAAAGGCCAGCAUGCGUCCUUCGAUUACCCAGAAUUCAGUCACUUUUCUUACUGGAGAGAGCCGUUGGCACCACUGGACUUUACUUCCCUCUAGACUUCUAGAGUUAAUUUCAAUGCCUUCCUGGUUUUAUAAACUCUCCAGCCUUUCUUUACCUCUCUUGAUCGUGACACUAAAAAGCUGAAUGAAUAAAAUCUGUAUGCCAGGUCACCUGGAUCUUUAAGUAGCUUGUACAAAGUAUAUUGCUGGAUGUUACCAUAUGAUGCAACACAUAUGUUAAAAUGUUGUUAAAAUAGCACUACAGUGAAAGAUGUGCACCACAUCAUGAGGAAAAAAGUGUGAAAAACCAAAGAUUAUAAUUUGGUAUCAAAUAAAUCCUAUGUAUUUCUUAUGA